AUUGGGGACCAACCACGCCAACAAAGCUAGUAAAAGGCCGCCUCGGCCUCGAACAUCUAAAUUUCCCGCCUCGACACGUCUCGAACCACGACCAGUUUCUCCACGACGGGGCCAGCCAUCGUGCUUGGCUCUUAUCUUGGCUGCUCAAGGAAACUUCCUUUCUCAACAAACCCUUCCGGGACCACCGACAAGAUGGCUAAACUCCGCCUUGCCUCUAAAUACCCUUCCUGUCCUCAUUGAUAGGAGGUGUUGCUGGAAUCGGAGCCUUCGGCUCUACCAUCUGGCUUCGAUUUGCCCUGCUCUCCUCUCAACCCACCCCCCUCGAGCCUCGGAUACAACCCCCUAUACUCUCGAUCUCCGCGUCUUCCUCUCCGGCCUGUGUUUUAAUACAACCAUUCCGUACAUCUUCGGGCCCAGACACCGUCUACUCCAACAGGCCGAAUCCCCGAACCGCCCGAACUCCCCGGGGGUAUUUGCCUCCAUGAAGGCAGCAGACACCCUUGCAUUUUUCUUGGAUAUGGCGGUGGCUAGCAAGGUGGUGUCUAAAAGGAGUGCCAGGACGUUUGUUGAAGACGGAAUGGAAAAGGAACUCUACGAGCCUCAUGCGAGGAAAUCAACAUUGAGGUUUGACGAAGUCAGACUGGAAGAAGUGGAGGGGCCAAGCUCAAAAUCAAGCUCAAAAUCAAGCUCGACAAGCCAGACAGAUGUGGACAUCUCGACCUUGACCGCGGAUCGUACCGAGACGGGAACUGCUGGGAUCGACUUGGACAUCGGAGAUGGUGGGGACCAGAUAGUCGCCAGCAAGGCCCCCAAGCUUGCUGGAGACUCUGAUGACGCAGAGCCAGAGGGACUAUCGACAAGGCCUUAUCCGCCGAAUUUCGGGAUUGUUGUGCCCGGUGUCUACAGAAGCAGCUACCCGCAACCCCAGGCCUAUGGCUUCCUCCAGGAUCUGGGGCUGAAGACAAUCAUCACACUUGUCCAGAAAGACUUCCCUCCCGGAUACAAGUCGUUCAUCACCGCCAAUGGCAUCAAGCACCAUGUCUUCGAUAUGAAGGGGACUAAGAAAGAGGAGAUCCCCAUCAAGACCAUGAAGUCUAUCCUGCGCCUUGUCCUUGACCGACAGAACCACCCAUUGCUCAUCCACUGCAACCAUGGCAAGCAUCGAACUGGCUGUAUCGUAGCUGUAGUCCGGAAACUUACCGGAUGGGAGCUGUCGAUGAUUGUUGACGAGUACAAGUCCUAUGCCGAACCGAAAGUUCGAGAAUGCGACAUCAAGUACAUCACCACCUUCGAUCUCUCGACAAUAUCGAAUUUGUUCGUCAAAGAACCAAGCUGGCAGCUUCGGGCCAGGAGUUUUGUCCGCGUCUCCUUAUUCACCACCUUUGUACUCGUGGUCUGGCUGUUCUCAGGGACGAGGAUAGUGUCACACACCCCAAGCACAUGAUAACCGUCUGCCCUGUCUUGACGACCAUGGGCUACCAUGACGGAGCAGCGUGCAAUUACAAUCUGACAUUGGAAGAGGGCUGGGAGUUGAGUGUCGGGGCGAAACUCCCCUUUACUGUCUGAGGUGAUGGUUGGGUGGGCGCAACGAUGAUACCGAAACAACAGGAGCUACGUCUCUAACCGGCAUCGUUUG